CUCACGCACACAUAAUACAUUUUGUGAGAGGAGAUGCGAAAACUCAGGAGAUCAAAAACAUCUGGAUUUUGGAUUAGAUAAAAUCAUAAAAGAAGUUAAAAAAUUCUGCCGAUGUUAUUUCAAAAAGCAGGCGUUGUGGCGAAGAAACCGUUGCAUGUCACUUUCGUAUCUUCUUCUUCUUCGCUCUUUCGGUAGUCUCCUGUAAUUUAGCAGAGUGUGAAUGUGAGUUUUGCAUCAAUGGCGGCGAAGCUCCAUACGUGUUUUUUAAGCCAUGGAUUGAUCGGAUUGAAUUCUAAACACUCUAAUUUGUGCUCUGCUGAUUUCUCUCGUCAUUCUCAUCGAUUGCCUCCUGCUUCUUGCAAGAUUCGUCAGCGUAAUGUGAGUUCUCAACAUAAAAGACGACAGGUAAAGAAAUCCUCUCCGGAGAAGCUCCGCAUAGAUGCAAACUUGAAGCCAAAUGGCGAAGAUGCUGAAUUUGGUAAUGCUUCAAUCAAUGGUGUGUCAAGCUCUAAACAAGGGAGCAUGCCCAAGAAUGGUGUUGAUAAUAGUGUGGUGAAUAAGCUGGACAAUGAGAGUAAUAGCUUAUCCUUGUUAGAUGACAAAGUUCUGAUGUUGCCACCUCCACGUGACAACAGUUUAACCAUAACUCAACUAGACAGCAGCAGUAUGCAACACAACGAUGAUAUCAAUGCCGAUCCUAAGUCUUUGUCCUUGAACUUAGUUGGUGCAAAGCAGCUAUCAUCUAUUCAAUUGAAGGAUUUGAUCAACAUGAUACGAAGUGCCGAGAAAAAUGUUCUCCUCCUCAAUCAAGCUCGAGUUCGAGCACUUGAAGAUUUAGAAAAGAUUCUCCAGGAGAAGGAGGCGCUGCAAGGAGACAUUGAUGCCUUGGAGUUGAAACUGACAGAAACUGAUGCACGAAUCAAAAUUGCAACCCAGGAGAAGAUACAUGUUGAGCUCCUUCAGGAUGAGUUGGAGAAGAUGAGGAAGGAAGUCUCUAAGAGGAGUGAUGCUGAAGAAGUACAUGAUAUUUCUUACAAUAAAGAUCAUAAAUCAUUGAACAGUGAUUUUUAUAGUCUCAGCAAUGAGCUUAGUGCACUUAAGGCAGAGAAUGCAUCCUUAAAGGAUGAUAUAGAAGCUCUUAGAGCUGAACUUAGCAAUGUCAGCAUAACAGAUGGACGAGUAACUUUACUGGAAAAAGAGCGUAUGUAUUUGGAGUCCACUGUAAAGGAUUUGGAGUUGAAACUUGAAGCAUCUCAGGAGGAUGUAAAAAAACUUUCUAUGCUUGAAUAUGAAUACAAUAGUUUGUGUGAGAAAGUACAUAAUUUGCAAGCAUUGCUUGAUAACGCAACCAAGCAAGCUGAACACGCCGUAGUAGUCUUGCAGCAAAAUCAGGAGCUUCGUAAGAAGGUUGAGAGGUUGGAAGAAUCUUAUGCUGAAGGAAAUGUUUAUAAGCUAUCAUCAGAGAAGAUGCAACAAUACAAUGAACUAAUGCAGCAAAAGGUAAAGUUAUUGGAGGAGCGCCUUGAAAGGUCUGAUGAAGAGAUAAACUCCUAUGUUGACAUUUACCAAGAAUCAAUGAAGGAAUUCCAAGACACGCUUAAUAAUCUGAAACAAGGAAAUGAGGAGAAAGUUGUUGACGGACCUGUCUAUGAUAUGCCUUGGGAAUUUUGGAGUCAAAUGCUGCUAAUGGUAGAUGGUUGGUUGCUUGAGAAAAAAUUAUCAUCAAAUGAUGCAAAACUAUUGAGAGAAAUGGUGUGGAAAAGAGAAAGUUGUAUUUGUGAUGCAUACUUGGAAUGUGAAGAAAAGACUGAACGUGAAAUGUUGGCUAAAUUUUUGAGUCUGACUUCUGCAUCUACACGGUCUGCUUUACAUGUUAUUCACAUUGCAGCAGAGAUGGCACCAGUUGCAAAGGUUGGAGGUCUAGGAGACGUGGUGACUGGUCUCAGUAAAGCACUUCAGAAAAAAGGACACCUGGUGGAAAUUGUUCUUCCAAAAUAUGAUUGUAUGCAAUAUGAUCUUAUUCAAAACUUACGGGCUUUGGACGUGGAAGUAGAGUCGUAUUUUGAUGGACAGCUAUACAAGAACAAGAUCUGGAUUGGCACAGUUGAAGGCCUUCCUGUCUACUUCAUUGAGCCAUAUCACCCAGAUAAAUUUUUCUGGAGGGGACAACAUUAUGGGGAGAAUGAUGACUUCAAGCGAUUCUCAUUUUUUAGUCGUGCAGCACUUGAAUUGCUUCUUCAAGCUGGGAAGAAACCGGACAUAAUACAUUGUCAUGAUUGGCAGACAGCUUUUGUUGCACCAUUGUACUGGGAUCUUUACGCACCAAAAGGACUAAAUUCAGCAAGGAUUUGUUUCACAUGCCACAACUUUGAGUAUCAAGGCACUGCUCCAGCUUCAGAACUGGCUUCGUGUGGUCUUGAUGUUUACCAGCUCAAUAGGACAGACAGGAUGCAAGACAAUUCUGCUGAUGAUAGGAUUAAUCCCGUCAAGGGUGCAGUUGUGUUCUCCAACAUUGUCACAACAGUGUCACCCACUUACGCGCAGGAGGUUCGGACCCCUGAGGGUGGAAAAGGCCUGCACACAACACUUAAUAGUCACUCCAAAAAGUUCAUAGGAAUCCUUAAUGGAAUUGAUACUGAUACAUGGAAUCCGGCUACUGAUUCACGUAUUGAAGUGCAAUAUAAUGCAAGUGAUCUUCAGGGAAAAAUGGCAAAUAAGCAAGCUCUACGAAGGCUUCUUGGACUACGUCUUUCAGACUCUAUGCAGCCAUUGGUUGGUUGCAUUACAAGGCUGGUUCCGCAGAAGGGAGUACACUUAAUAAGACAUGCUAUAUAUCGGACAAUAGAGCUUGGAGGGCAAUUUGUUCUUCUUGGUUCCAGUCCUGUCCAUCAUAUUCAGAGAGAAUUUGAAGGCAUUGCCAACCAGUUUCAGAAUCAUGAUAAUGCUCGGUUGAUACUGAAGUAUGAUGAGUCACUAUCUCGAUCUAUCUAUGCAGCAUCUGAUAUAUUCAUCAUCCCCUCUAUAUUCGAGCCAUGUGGGCUCACACAGAUGAUAGCAAUGAGAUAUGGUGCCAUACCUAUUGUGAGAAAGACUGGUGGCUUAAAUGACAGUGUUUUUGACGUCGAUGAUGACACAAUACCGCCUCAGUUCCGGAAUGGAUUUACAUUCUUGUCACCUGAUGAACAGGGUUUCAACAGUGCGUUGGACCGCGCAAUACAGUACUACAAAAAUGAUAGGGAGAGUUGGGAACAGCUCGUCCAAAAGGUUAUGAGUAUAGAUUUUAGCUGGGAUUCUUCAUCUGGUCAGUAUGAGGAACUUUAUGCUAAGUCAGUGGCUAGAGCAAGAGCUGCAAAACGUGCUUAAUUUCUUUAAUCACAGUACCUGUACUACUGGGUACUAGUCUGGAGGAGCACUGUUAUCAUGCAAGGCAUUCAAUGAUAACUACUACAUACAAGGGCCGGUCAUGCUGACUUGUUAAGGUCGAGGUCACAUCCCUUUUGGUCAUACUCAUUACAGAGUAUAUGCUGGUUAGCAUAGGUUUGAAGUACUCAAGAGUGAUCUUUGACAUGAAUUCAUUACAGUUCAACAGAUUGUGGGUCAUUAGUCAGCUGGGUCAAGCAACAAUUCGUUAUCAUCAAAAAGGUUGUCUUCUUUAUGUACGAUACUCUCAGGUGAUUGCUGCCUUAUAUGCUGAACGGAGGAAAAAAUGCUUGUACUGUAUCUGUACAGAUUUGUACUUAUAUUUGUAGAAUAGAGGUUCUGCAUUUUGUUUCAGGAGGCAGGCAAGUAUAUCUUGUAUAGCACAGCCACAUUGUAUAUAUAAAUACUCUUACAUAACAGGAAAGAACUGGAGUUGAUGCUUAUUGAAUAUUGUGUGCUCAAUAUUUCUUUUA